CCGGGCCGGGAUUGGCCGCGCGGCCGCCUCGCCCCAGAAUGCAGCGCAUGGCGCGUCAUUGAAGAGAGACCAUGAUGGCGGCGGCGGCCGCGGCGGCGGGGGGCGCCCCCGAGGUGAUCGCCCAGCUGGAGAACGCGGCCAAAGUGCUCAUGGCACCACCUUCCAUGGUCAACAAUGAACAACGCCAACAUGCUGAGCACAUAUUCUUAUCAUUUAGAAAAUCAAAAUCACCAUUUGCUGUUUGCAAACAUAUUUUGGAAACUAGUAAAGUGGACUAUGUCCUUUUUCAAGCUGCCACAGCGAUAAUGGAAGCAGUUGUAAGAGAAUGGAUUCUCUUGGAAAAAGCUAGCAUUGAGUCACUGCGAACAUUCCUUCUAACCUAUGUCUUACAAAGGCCUAACCUCCAAAAGUAUGUUCGGGAGCAGAUUUUAUUAGCGGUAGCGGUGAUAGUGAAACGGGGAUCAUUAGACAAAUCAAUCGACUGCAAAAGCAUUUUUCAUGAAGUCAGCCAGCUGAUCAGCAGUGGUAACCCCACUGUGCAAACUUUGGCCUGUUCCAUUCUAACGGCGUUGUUGAGCGAGUUCUCAAGUUCAAGUAAAACCAGCAACAUUGGACUAAGCAUGGAGUUCCAUGGUAACUGUAAACGUAUAUUUCAGGAGGAUGAUCUGCGGCAGAUUUUCAUGCUCACAGUAGAGGUACUUCAGGAAUUCAGCAGACGUGAAAACCUCAAUGCUCAGAUGUCUUCAGUGUUUCAGCGUUAUCUUGCACUAGCCAAUCAGGUCUUAAGCUGGAACUUCCUUCCUCCAAAUUUGGGCAGACAUUAUAUAGCUAUGUUUGAAUCCUCACAAAACGUGAUGCUAAAGCCAACAGAAUCCUGGCGCGAGACCCUCCUGGACAGCAGAGUUAUGGAGCUUUUCUUUACAGUACAUCGAAAAAUCAGAGAAGAUACAGAUAUGGCCCAAGAUUCAUUACAGUGCCUGGCACAGCUGGCGUCUUUGCACGGUCCAGUCUUUCCUGAUGAAGGUUCUCAAGUUGAUUACCUGGCACACUUCAUUGAGGGAUUACUGAAUACUAUCAAUGGAAUUGAAAUAGAAGACUCUGAAGCAGUGGGAAUUUCCAGUAUUAUCAGCAAUCUGAUAACUGUAUUUCCUCGCAAUAUUUUAACGGCCAUUCCAAAUGAACUUUUCUCUUCAUUUGUUAACUGCCUCGCACACCUCACCUGUUCUUUUGGAAGAAGUGCUGCCUUGGAAGAAGUGCUUGACAAAGAUGACAUGGUAUAUAUGGAGGCAUAUGAUAAGUUACUGGAAUCUUGGCUUACUUUGGUCCAAGAUGACAAACAUUUCCAUAAAGGUUUCUUUACCCAACAUGCUGUUCAAGUCUUUAAUUCCUACAUUCAGUGCCAUCUAGCUGCUCCUGAUGGCACAAGGAAUUUGACUGCCAAUGGUGUGGCCUCUCGGGAAGAAGAAGAAAUAAGUGAGCUGCAGGAAGAUGACAGAGACCAGUUCUGUGACCAGUUGGCCAGCGUAGGCAUGCUGGGGAGGAUUGCUGCAGAGCACUGCAUACCUCUUCUCACAAGUUUGUUAGAAGACCGAGUGACAAGGCUCCAUGGACAGUUGCAAAGACAUCAGCAGCAGUUACUUGCCUCACCAGCAUCAGGUUCAAUUGACAAUAAAGUGCUUGACGACCUGUAUGAGGAUAUUCAUUGGCUUAUUUUAGUCACAGGCUACCUCUUGGCUAAUGAUACUCAGGGAGAGACUCCGCUAAUACCUCCAGAAGUAAUGGAAUAUUCCAUUAAACAUUCAGCUGAGGUUGACAUCAAUACAACACUUCAGAUUCUGGGAUCUCCAGGAGAAAAGGCCUCUUCCAUCCCAGGGUACAACAGAACUGAUUCUGUAAUUAGGUUGUUAUCUGCUAUUUUAAGAGUGUCAGAAGUAGAAUCUAGAGCAAUAAGGGCAAAUCUCACACACCUCCUGAGCCCCCAGAUGGGCAAAGAUAUUGUAUGGUUCCUCAAGCGCUGGGCAAAGACUUACCUCCUAGUAGAUGAAAAGUUGUAUGAUCAGAUAAGUCUGCCAUUUAGUACAGCAUUUGGUGCUGAUACAGAGGGUUCCCAGUGGAUUGUGGGUUACCUUUUAGAAAAAGUGAUCAGUAACCUGGCAGUGUGGAGUUCAGAGCAGGACCUUGCAAAUGAUACUGUACAACUGCUAGUAACAUUAGUGGAAAGGAGAGAGCGGGCAAACUUAGUUAUUCAGUGUGAAAACUGGUGGAAUUUAGCUAAACAGUUUGCAAGGCGAAGCCCUCCUCUUCACUAUUUGUCUAGUUCUGUGCAGAGAACACUAAUGAAAGCUUUAGUUCUAGGAGGUUUUGCUCAUAUGGACACAGAAACAAAGCAGCAAUACUGGACAGAGGUUCUUCAGCCGCUUCAGCAGCGAUUCUUGAAUGUGAUAAACCAAGAAAACUUUCAGCAGAUCUGCCAGGAGGAGGAAGUGAAGCAGGAAAUCACUGCUACAUUAGAAGCGCUCUGUGGCAUUGCUGAGGCUACCCAGAUUGAUAACGUAGCAAUUCUCUUCAAUUUCCUAAUGGACUUCCUUAAUAAUUGUAUUGGAUUAAUGGAAGUAUACAAAAACACACCAGAGACUGUUAAUCUCAUAAUAGAAGUCUUUGUUGAAGUUGCACAUAAACAAAUUUGCUAUCUUGGAGAGGCCAAAGCCAUGAACUUGUAUGAGGCCUGCCUAACUCUGCUCCAGGUAUAUUCCAAGAAUAAUCUAGGUCGACAACGGAUAGAUGUUACAGCAGAAGAAGACCAGUACCAGGAUCUCCUUCUUAUUAUGGAGCUUCUCACUAAUCUUCUAUCAAAGGAAUUCAUAGAUUUCAGUGAUACAGAUGAAGUAUUUAGGGGACAUGAGCCUGGGCAAGUUACAAAUAGAUCUGUAUCAGCAGCAGAUGUUGUCUUAUAUGGGGUUAAUCUAGUUCUGCCUCUAAUGUCACAAGAUCUGCUGAAGUUUCCAUCUCUGUGUAAUCAAUAUUAUAAAUUAAUCACUUUCAUAUGUGAGAUAUUCCCUGAGAAGAUUCCACAACUUCCAGAAGACCUCUUUAAGAGCCUAAUGUACUCACUGGAGUUAGGGAUGUCAUCAAUGAGCUCAGAGGUUUGCCAGCUCUGUCUGGAGGCUGUAACACCAUUAGCAGAACAGUGUGCAAAAGCACAAGAAACAGAUUCAACUCUUUUUCUAGCAACAAGGCACUUUCUUAAGAUGGUUUUUGAUAUGCUGGUACUUCAGAAGCACAAUACAGAAAUGACAACUGCAGCAGGUGAAGCAUUCUACACAUUAGUGUGUUUGCAUCAGGCUGAAUAUUCAGAGUUAGUUGAAACAUUGCUAUCAACUCAGCAAGAUCCAGUAAUUUACCAGCGGUUAGCAGAUGCCUUCAACAAGCUUACUGCAAGCAGCACUCCUCCUACACUGGACCGUAAGCAGAAGAUGGCCUUCUUAAAGAGUUUAGAAGAAUUUAUGGCAAAUGUUGGUGGACUUCUCUGUGUAAAAUAAACAACAAAACUCUAUGCCUAAUUUAGACCCUUUCUGCAAAAUGCACUGAGAAAUGCUGAAUGCUGACUAAAUCCUGUACCUGUCUCUGGGUUCUUUGCAGCCAUCUCAGAUUCUAGAGAGCCUGGAAGUUUGAACAAUACACCACGGAAUAGGAGAGGUCAACUUUGAAUCAGCUUCUGCUAUUAUGUGUUAGCUGCAAUCUGUCAUACUUGGGUGUGGAAGAGAAUGAACAGAAAAUCUGAAUUGAGUUUUUUUCCAUUUAUGCGCAAACAGAUAUGGGCACAAUGAAAUAAAUGCAGUGCCUUUGCCCCUGCACUGAUUUAAAAUAUGAGUGGUCAUGUAAACUUAGAGAUUUCUUUUCUACCCAAAAUCAUGUUAGAGUGUGAAGCAGAUACAUAUAAAGCUCUAAACAGUUUAGCUGAUUUUAAGCUUUAUUUUUCCUCUCUUAAAGUUUGAGUUUGUGUUCCAAUGGGGAAGAAAAACCAAAUGGUAUUUUAACUUGUGUUUAGUUCUGUUUUUCUACAUCAACCUGACAUUGCAAGUUUAUUACAAUGCAGGUUUUUACAUUAUGUUCUGCUGCCUAAAGUUCAGAGAAAAAAAAAAGUGUAUAUUUUUGUUCCCCAAAAAUGAACUUUAGGAACUGUAGCCAUUUCAUUGCCUUAAUUUAAAAGGAAAAAAAAAAAAAAAGCUCAUAUACUUUAGGUAAGAAGUUUAAGGCAAGAUUUGACUCUUGAGAGUUGGUUUAGGAUGUUGGCACUGAGCUGCUGUGUACCUGUUGCAGCCCUUCAUGUUGACGUGUUGUUUUGGAAUGAGUGUCUAAUGCAAGGUUCAUGUGUAGUUUUACUUUCAGUAUCUGUCUUGAUUCUCACCUGGGUUGCAUGCAACUGCAAUGUGUUUCUACACUGAACUGUUUGCUUAAGCAAUAACAACCCAAAAGGUGUGAAUUACUGGCAAACUUUGUAAAGUUGGGCAUUAGCUAAAACAAUUAUGCUGGCACAGGGGCAUCAAACCCUUUUGCUCAAGCAUGCCUGUUCAACUCCAGUGGGGAAGGGUAAUUGGGAGGUCUCUGCUGUAGGAGAUUUUUGGUUUUUGCUGAAUCUAGUCCCACUUCUGCAGAGCUCUCCCAGCAGCUCUGCUCUUGCUUGGUUUUUUAUAUCAGCACUUUAGCUUUUAUUAUAGCAGAAUAUAGUGCCCUGAGUAUAUAGAACCAACAAGGGAGAGCAGCACAUGAAUAUGAAAGCAAGGCCUGCUUUGUCUCCUGUCAUGAGCCAGAGGAAACUGAAGCAAACACAAAUGCUGCAUGUCUAGUAAAAUUAUUUUUGUGGAAAUACACAGAGGCAGAAGUGGGCCCUUCUGUUUAAGAUCUCUGCUAGAUUAUGCUGUUAAAUAUUUCCCAUGUGUUUUUACAGUUUAUAAAAAAAGUCUGGUAUACACCUUUAUAUGGCUAUGUAUAGAUUCGUGUUUGCAAUUCUGUGCCAUUCUUCAGCUAUUCAUCUCAGAAUUAGUCACAAUAGCCAGAAUCUCACAACAGACACAAAUCUAUAAUACUGUGCUAUAAGUAAUCUAAGGUUUGUUGGGUUUUUUGUUUUGUUUUGUUUUUUUCCUUUUGGCAGUGUUUUGUUUUGUUUUUUUGUUUUUUGUGGGGUUUUUUUGGGGGGUGGUGGGGUUUUUUGUUAAGUUAAAUCCGUAAGUGUCUCAAGCGUGGAUCCACAAGGCCAAAAAUGCCAUCUCUUUAUUAUACUUUUCUCUUUUAAUUUAUCUGAAAACUGGGCAAGGGCAGAUUUACAUAUUACAAAGUGACCAUAAAACUUCUUAGAUAAUAGUGUACCUUCCCAGAUAGUAUUUUAUUUCUAAGAUAACUUGCAUAGUAUUUUAGAACAGGAGAAUUGCUCUCAAUUUUUUCUUUAAACUCUAGUGCUUUUCUUUAAAGGAUUUCUUGACUGUGCACUUGCACAAAAUACAAUGAUCCUGGCAGAUCAUUCUGUUUCAAACUGUUGUGAUGCCUGAGUUUUUAUUUUUAAAUUGGGGUUUGCUGUUUUUGAAGCUCCUUUUGGGGUUUUUCUGAGUUUGUACAUUGGAUGGGGCAGAAGUUCUGAAACCUCAUUUUUUUCAGAUGAAGGGCAUUGAAGCCUGGGAACAUCAGCAGCAGUAGGAGCUGCUGGUUUGUUGUGAUGUGCCUGAUGGCAGGUAUCUAGACUGAAGUCUUCAAAGAGAUCAUAGCAAAUAUUCCAUGCUUUGGGUCUGAGUAACUGAUACACUCAGUCAUCCUUUCUUUUAUAACUAGCUCUGUCACUAUUGUUUUAUUAAUCCUAAAACUGGCUCACUAUUUAAAAAUAUUUAUUAACUUUAAAGGGUUGAAAUCUUGCAUAUUGUAAUGAACGGGAGCACAAAUUUGGUUUGUAUUCUGGGCAAAGUAAUGUGCAUACCCAUUAUUUUUCUUUUCAGGCCCAUUGUGUUGUAACAAGCAGAAACACACAGUAUUUCUGAGUAUCAAGACUUUUGCUAAAGUAGGAACACCCACUUUCAAAGACUAGUUUUAAAGGUGGUUUAAAAAUUUCCUUUGCCCUUCGUUUAAAAAUAAUAUUAUAUGUUAAAGGAAAACUGUCCUAGUAAGGGUUUGGGUUUUUUUUUUUUUGUGAUUUCCUGCUUUAUGUUACACUUGCCUGUUUUUUAAUUUUCCUUUCAUUCUCAUAUAUUCAACAGGGAUGUUUCCAUGCCAUUUUUAGUUUCUUUUAAAGCAAUGCUAAGAUGUCUCUGCUUAGUGACAUCCAUGAAAUGGUUGCAAAGGCUUCUGGAAAUAAGUCCUGUUCAUUCAUACUCUUCCUGGUGACUGCUUCUACCUGAGGUAUUUGACUUCUGUAUCCCUUCUGUACCAAAAAAAAAUAGAAAAAAAGAAUUUUCUGUGAUCAUCUACACAUCCGGUUGCUGUAAAUCAGGGUGUGAAAGCACAGUGAGGUCCACGGGAAAGACUCAGACUGUUUGUAGUGAACACUGAGACAUGACUCGACAUAAGCGUUCUGCAAGUUCCACAGCAUCAUUGCAUUCAUUUUCUAUUCACUGUGGAGAGUGAAUAAUGGUUCUAAAAAUGCACCUGGUUUUUGAAGGAAGAAAAAAGGCAAUUCAAACCAAGUUAUAAAUGCUGCAUGAUAUAAUUGUAACAAAUAUAUUUGUCUAGACUUUUCUUGCUGAAACAGAUUAGUGGACCAGUGUUUUCAUUCUGAGACUAGCUUCUUUUCCAUUUUGCCAGCUCCUUCCCCAUUGUAAUAGUUAGUUCUAAUGCUGGCAUAAUAAUUUUGUUCAGCCUAUAGUACUGAACACUGACAAGGAUUGAGUUCAAUCAUAAAAUUCAAGACCUUUUUGAAAGCACAGAUACAUAGGGACAGGGAGAAGUGGACUGGAUGCAUGAAACUUCCACUUUGAUGUGCAUUUAUGCCUUAAUUAGCUGCACUGAAUUACCACCAGAAUCUGCUACUUUUCACCCAGAGGUUUGUGUUUCCCCAUUUAAUGGUAAAGGGCUCACCUUUUUUCUCAGGAAUGAGAAACUUGUUUUCUCAGCAUGUCCAAAAAUCAUACUAGUUGAAAGAGAGGGAUUUGAAUUGGAGUCAUUGCUUUCAUAGUGAGAAGAGCUCACUAAAGCUCCAGUGUUCACCUGGGCAAAUCCCUUUAUAGCUAAGCCAUGUAGUUCUAGAAAAUAAGCUUGUUCAGAGCAGUCAGUUGUCCAUUUAAAAUCUAGUUCUUUAAAAGGGAAAGCAAAUUCUAACUUGUGGUCUGUAAAACUAUUAAAAAACACAAAUUUGCAGCAUUAUGCUUGUAAAACACUUCAAGUAAUUUCAGGUUUGGUUAAGUGAUUACAUAAGAAGGGGUGGGGUUUUUUUAUGGAAGUAGCUUGAUGAAUAUAAGCGCAGGAGUAGGAGCCAGGCUCCUCUAAUUUUGUAAUGUUUAUCCACAGGAUCCUCUGUGGCCACUGGCAAGUCACUAGAACUGUGUUAUUGUUAAAAUAGCAUUAACACCCACCUACCUCACAGGGAUGUUGUGAGGAUUAGCUUAUGCCUAUAAAAUGCAUUGAGGAUCUGAGAUGCUAUGUAAAUAUUAUAUACUUUAAUUUUAGUUUUGUGAGGUCUAAGAUUUACUGUAAUGAAAACAGGAGAUUUUCAUAAUGGUAAAGCCCAGUAGAGGCAGCAGUGGUGCAGUAUUCCCAGGACUGAUCUGCUGCAGUACAGUAAUGCUUGCUGUAAAAUUGUCAUUAUUUCAAUUACAGCCAAUUGAAAUGGCGACUUCUUCUUUUAUAAGGUGAGAUUCCCCACCAGUGUGCCUCAGUUCUGAUCUUCAAAGAGAGGACAGUUAUUGGUUAUUCAGGCUUUGGUGCCUCUGCUUGUGACAAGUGCUGCUUGCGGUGAUAGGGUUUUGUUUGGUUUACUUUUGGUUUUCUGUACAUUUUUCUGCAAGGAACAAAUACCACAUGUUUCUCCCAUGUCUGUUCCAGUCACUAAGUAUAACCAAAGCCUAAUUAUAACAAUUAAAAUUUAAAGAGCCAGCCCUGCUCCCCUGCGCCCAUAAAUUUGCAUUUGAGUAGCUUGUGCUCUGUUUUCAGUAAAUUAGAUUAAUGUUUUCAAGCACUGAUCAUGAAGCAAAUCAUGAAGUGUGUUUUGCUCUAGAGCCUCAAAUUCUCAGCUAUCUUAUAGAGCCCUUUUUUCAGUAUGAGAUUUCUUGGGGCCCUAGAAACUGAGAAGUAAGAUACCUCUGGCUUUCCCUUCUCUUCAGUGAAUUAAAAUUGAUUCUGAUUUUUCAUUUCUUCCCAUUCCCUACCCUGCUCUUCCUGUCCUUUUAAGCUGUUAAGCAGAUUUGGAAGGCCCUUCCAACCUCAAGAGGAAGAUACUACUACCCAUGUAAUUUUCCAAUCUGUUACAGCUUGAUACUUGAAAUUGAUAAAAACCUCCCUAAUAGUAUUCACCAUACUUUUCAAUCUCCCAUUAAACCAUUCUGGAAUUUUCAAUUAGGAAAAAAAAAAACCUAUAUUAUUUGUUUUCUUUGCGCAAAAUAAGAAACCUCCAUGCAGUGAACAUGCAGUUUUAAGGCAAUAAAUGCUAGUACUGCUGUUGGUCAAGUGUGUAAAUAUUUUAAAUGUGUCAUUCAAUACUGUGUUGAGUUUAUAUAUUAAAAACACAGGGAAUGAAGUGCUAGUUGAUUUCAGGUAUUGUUUUAUCUGUACAGUUGAAGAUAUGAAGUUGCAUAGAAGUAUUUCACAUUUUAUUGCAAUAAGACUUGGGAAAUGGCUGUGUAAUCAAGCCUUAUCAUGACUGAAUUUUCAAUUUUGAAAUGAUCACUUUGUGUAUUUUUAAGAUCCAUAAGCAGGAAGAAGAUAAAAUUGUUUUCCACUAAAGACUUUUUUAUUUUGUUUUGGCCACGUGUGAUUUGUGUGUACUCUUGUUUAAUAUUUUUCUAAAAUCUCACCUGUGUUGAAUCUCCGAAAAAGCAUUUGUUAUACUUCCUUACAGUGGAAACAUAAAUAGCAACAUUAUGAAACCUUAGGCUACACCUUUUGCUCUUUGGCUACAGUGAAUGCACAGUAAUUAGGUUAAAAGUUGGUGGAGUAACUUUAAUUUACAUCAGCACUUAUGGCAUGAGUUUGUCCACCAACAGAAAAAAGUGUGAUUAGGGUGCAACAGCAGUAUCUCACACUGGACUGUAAUUACCAGAAAUGAUUGUGAAUAUAUAAUCAGAUUAAUCUUUUUCCCCAUCUUCCAAAAGACGUGUAAACAGUGACUUUUCUGGUCACUAGUAUUGGUGGCAUUUGUCUACUCAAAAGGAAUACUGAUUUCUGGGUCUUUAAUUUGUGUGUGUGUGUGUGUGUUUAAUAUAAACAGUUUUUAUGAUGGUAUCUGGCACAGAAAUGUUCUCCAAGCUCAUAAUCUGUUCCUAUGUAAGGAACAUCUAACAACAGCAUGUUACUUCAUGGAUAUCAAAAGUUCAGUUACAGGCAGCAGUUCCUAAUGUGCUAUAAUGCAAUUACAUUUAAAUAAACUACAGCUAUUUUCUAGUGUCCCCCUCUUACUUCCAUGCACUCACAUCAUUUAGAUAAGGAAAACAAAUAAAAAGGCUUCACAAAUCCUGAAAGUAAAACUACGCAACAACUGUGGUAGUGACAGCUUGCUAUAUACCUUGGCUGUAUGUAUCACUAGAAUUUUACUGGUUUCAAAAGUAAGAUUAUGCAGUUAUAUAUUUAUAUUAGCAUGGUUUUGUUCAGUGAAUAUUUUGGGGAGGGACAGAAACAUUUAAGGUAAUUUGGAGGAAAUUCCUGAAUGCAGUUGGUAAGACUAACAGCAGCGUAUCCAAGAGCCUUUCAUGUAGAAAAUGGAACUAUUCUGCUUUACCUUAAAUAUGAGUUCUGGAAUAAACUUGAACGAUUUGGGUACAAAGCCUUUAUUCACACUUGUUUGUCUAAGUAUACACAAACCCCAUCAAUUUUGCCUUUUUGAAACUUAUAUUGGCUUCAGUUGUGAGUGAUGGAGUUGUUGGUGGAUUUUUUCGUUCAGUGAUUUGCUGUGUGUUACAAGCAGAAAAGUACAAAAGCGCAACCUUCCAAGUGGAAUUUGUCUGGACAGCCAACCAAGGAGCAGGUUUUACGUGAACUAGAAGAGGGAAGGAGAAGGAGAAGAAAGUGAUAGUUUUGCAGUCUUUUCCAGAAAAAGAAAAACAGAUCAAUCUACAAGUGUAAUUACAUAAUGUUUAACACAUCAUCUUGAAAGGGAUUAGUAAAAGCCUGCCAUUUUAUCAACAAGUUUGUUGGGGGAAAGAGUACUGGAAAGUGUACUGGUUUGGAAUUCUGAAAUGAAAUGUGAUGCUAUCCAUGUAAGUUUUGUUACUGAAAUAAUAAAUUCCUCUUUAUUUUGGAAAACAUUCCAGACAAAUCUAUAUAUCCAAAGAGAACAAAGAAGCUACCCACUGUGACGGAUACAAAAUUCAUUACUAGUUUUUCUGCUGUCUAUAUUUGAAUCUUGUGGAACAGCUUGUUUCCACUUUAACAUCUAUUAGAUGGUAUUGGAUUUGAUUUUCCUGACACGCUGUUGCCUUUACAAGUUAGAGUAAAGCAAAGCUGUGGGUGUGAUGUACUUCCCUUUUUCUUCCUCUCUCUGUCUGGCCUACUGUUAAUGGUUGUAAAGACAAAUAGGUUUGAUUUGCUUUAAGUUACUGUUUUGGAUGCUGCAGUUUAGGUUUGUGGCAUAUUCAAACUGCUUCCUGUCUCUGUGUUUGGUGUUCCCUGAAUGAAAGUCAUCGCUAGACUCCAACACAAGUAUUGAUUUGAAAGCCUCACUGGUAACUUGGUUUAAUAAGCUGUCAGGACAUUUGCUUUAGUUUUGGAACUGCACCAAUACUACUGGUGGUCUUUUGUUCAUUGAAAUGAUUGUUGUAACUCACAAAAAAAAAAAAAAAAAAAACAAACCCCAAAGCCAAAAGCCCAGCACUACACUGUGGAAUCUCUAGGAAGAUCACUGAUGUCCUCACACAAGAUCAACACUACUUUGGGGAAGGCUUAUAUUCUUCUGCCACUUUAAGGAAAGACUGUUCUUCUGAAGUACUUUUUGCCUGCUUUUAGGCUGUUAUGCACUUUCAUGAUUUCUUAACAAACUACUGUUAAAAUGUACUGUAACAUGGAUUUUGAUAAGCGCACAUGUAUUUAAACAAUUCACUCAGCCUCAGGAAAGCUGGAAAAAUUGGAUACCUGUUUUGUAUCUUGGUUAAAAUGUUUGUUACCUGCAUCUCUUAAGAUGGCCAGAUAAUGUCUAGAUCCUGCGAGUGUAACUAUUUAAGAUACCAGUAUAGUCUGUAAAAGGAGGACAGUGUAAUUUUGCUCUAGGGACAGAGAAAAGGGUGUCCUUCUCUUAUUUUUCUUAGAGGUAUAUAUAUAUAUAGUCUGAAUUGGAGUUUCAAAAACAGAAAGCAGUAAUAAACCCCAUUUACUGUUCAGGAAAAGAAAUGUUUUCUUUCGUAACACUAUCUGAUUUCUAUUUUCUUCCUUCUCCUUAAAGAGUGUGUGUGAAAUAAGUGCAGAAGUAUGUGUAGGAAAAACUGUAAAAUCUGCUGCUGUACAUGUUUGCUACUUGACUGCAUUUUCUGUUCCACUUUAAUUUUACUGGUUUUGCUAAAUAUAUUUUAUAUAUUUUC